UAUUGUUCCGUGUAGCUUGACGUCUUUCAGCAGAGCGGAGUUUCUCCUCGCAGAGUCCGACCGAGAGCCGCUCCGGACUUUACUGGCUCACUUACCGGGACAGAACCCUGCAGAGACCAGGGACCAGACCGGAUCAGACCAGAGACCAGACCGGAUCAGAGAUGGACAGCUGUGGUCUGUCCCUGCUGUAGGUCAGUGAUGGCCGUGGUGUUUCCUGAAUGUGGAGGAGACGAAGUCAGAUCCAGACUUCAUGUUGGUCGUCAUGGCCUCGCUGGACGGAAGCACGCCGGUUGAGACGCUUCUGGUAGCGAUCCAUCUGGAGAGGUACCUGGACAGCUUUCGUCGAGCCGGUCUCCUAUUGGCUAAAGACUUCACACACCUGGAUCAUGACGCCUUGGUCAGCCUGGGUAUAACCGCCACAGGACACAGGAAGAGAAUCCUACGAUUGGUCAGUCACAUUCAGAGGACAGAGGGUCAAAGAGCCAAUCAGAAAGCUGAUCUCCCACGUGACCGCUGUCACUCUGUGACAGGCAUUUCUUCAUCAGAGCGAGGUCACAGCGCUGCAGCGCUCCGACAGUCGACAGGACCUGUUAACUUUGAGGCGUUCAGGAACAGCUCUGCUCCGAACCUCGCCGCCAUGCUGACCAACUCUGACAGCAACAGACCUGUGGUGAAGCCGGUUCCCAAACCCAGAACCGUCUUCAAUCGCCGCAGGACAGCACCUAUCCACUUCUGUCCAACACCAGACCCGCCCCCACCCAGGAGGCUUUCCCAGGAGUCCAUUUGUUUUACUGUGUUAGAGGGUUUGACCUCAGGGGACACGCCCACACCUGAUGACAGGUUGACCUCUGACCUCAACGAUAAGUCAACCACACCCAGCCGAAGACCGAGCCAGGCGGAGAGGAGGAGGCCGAGUCGCAGCUUGUCUCUGUCAGACGCUGGAGGGUUGUUGCCCCCUGUUCCCCCGAGGCUGAACCGUGGGGUCCCCCCCGCCAUGUUCCAGGGUUCCCCGCCCUCUUCUUCUUCACCUGUGCGGACAGAGCAGAACCAGACACUUCCUGGGACUUCCUGUCCUGGUAGUCUUGACAACAGCAGGCUCUCUGGAUCCUCACCGUCCGGAUCACCCAGAGAUGGUGGGAUGGAGAUGGUCUCUAAUGAGAUCUACUGGGGCACUUUACCUGGUUCUACUGUCCCCAGUGGAGGGAGGAGUUACUGCAGCCAGCACUCGGCUCCUCCGACUCCACCCAGACAAACACCUGACAGGAACCCCGAGAGGAACAGUGGCAGCACUUUAAGUAAUAACUCUUCAGGAUCAGCCAGAGCUUCAACAGACGACCCUGAGGAGGAGAUCAGCCCGUACUGUGAAACUGUUUUCCAAACCAGAAGAAAUAUACUCAUUUUUGAGAGUGAAAGGAGCAGACUGGAGGAAAGAGGGAUGAGGAGGGGGGAGGAGAAACAUGCAGAGGAUCAUGGGUGUCAGAAGUUCUCCUGGACGAAGCGUUUUUCUCAGGCUCUUCACUCCGGAGACUCUCAGGGUUACUGCACCGUCGGAGAACCUUCACCCCCCAUCCGCUGCCUCUCCCAGCUCCCCCACACCUUCCCCUCAGGGGCAGACGAGGACCUGACCAUCUCCCCCUAUGCUAGCUACACCUCCCUGACCGAGAGAGCCCCGCCCAUCAUCAGCGGCUGGCUGGACAAGCUGUCUCCACAGGGGAACUAUGUUUUCCAGAAGCGCUACGUGAAGUUUGAUGGCAAAAACCUGAUGUACUUCGGCAGUGAGAAGGACAUCUACCCUAAAGGAGUGAUCCCAUUGGCUGCCAUCCAGAUGGCCCGCCCAGCCAAAGACAAUAAAUUUGAAAUCGUGACGAGUCAGAGGAUCUUCGUUUUCAGGACUGACACUGAAGUGCUGAGGCGGCGGUGGGUCGCCACGCUGCAGGAACACGUCAGAGAUCAGCUGGUGUUCGGGCGGCGGUGCUUCGGUCCCGGACCACACUGUCAGAAACACGGAGUCCUCGAGCUGAAAGGAACCAAAUCCAAAGUGUACGCCGCCAUCAACACGGAGCAGAUCUGGCUCUACAAGAGUGAACAGUGUUUUCGGAAUGGAAUCGGCAUCACAUUGAUCGAAGCUCGAGGAGCGACGAUCAGAGACGGAAAACACAAGAGCUUCGACCUCAUCACUCCGUACAAAACCUUCAGCUUCACGGCGGACUCGGACCGCGAGAAGCGGGACUGGAUGGAGGCGCUGCAGGAGUCGAUCGCAGAGACUCUGUCAGACUACGAGGUGGCCGAGAAGAUCUGGUCCAACCGAUCCAACAGGAUGUGUGCCGACUGCAAGGCCCUGAACCCCGACUGGGCCUCCAUCAACCUGUGCGUGGUCAUCUGCAAGAACUGUGCAGGGCAGCACAGAGGUCUGGGGACGAUGGUCUCGAAGGUUCAGAGUCUGAAACUGGACACCAGCGUGUGGAGCAACGAGAUCGUCCAGCUGUUCAUCAUGCUGGGGAACGACCGGGCCAAUGAGUUCUGGGGGGCUCGGCUGUCUCUGGCGGCGGAGUUGGACUGCGACGCCUCACCUGAGCAGAGGAGAGAGUUCAUCACCCAGAAAUACAAAGAGGGACGGUUCCGCCUCAGCCACCCUGCAUUCAGCAGCCAGGAGGAGCUGCUCAAGGUCUUGUGUGCGGCGGUCUCUGAACAGACUCUUCUGAAAACGGUCACUCAGAUUUUCUCGGAGGCGGAGUCAGCUCGCCUCGACAACGACUCCAACGGCUGCCAGCGACAUCAUCACCUGCUGGAUCACUGCACCGCGUCAGACCCCAGUGUGUACGAUGAGAUCAUGCAGCCCGUCCUUCACUCCGGUUACCUCUACAAGUCCGGCUCCGUCCACAGAGGAACGCAGUCCAGAAAAACACGAGAAGACUUCCAGAAGUUCUGGUGUUCGGUGGAUCGGUCUCUGCUCUUCUACGAGUCGGAUCGAUCAGCUGAUCCCUGCAUGCAGAUCAGCGUUAAAGACAUCGUGUGUUUGGGCAUCAGUCGCCCCGACUCCUCCAACAACAACAACAACGGCUUCAUCGACAGGUUUCGUUACACCUUCGAGUUGUAUUUGACUUCAGAGAAACUUUAUCAGUUUGGUUUGGAGACGGCCGACGCUCUGCACAGCUGGACCAAAGCCAUCGGGAAGGCUGCGACCCCCCUCAGCUGUCACUGCCUGCUGACUCGGGAGUUUGAGCGGGUCGGUCUGCUGCGGUACCGAGCCAUGUUGGACCCUCAGCAGUGGAAGGAGGCCUACUUCGUCCUGCAGAAGUCCAACCUCUUCAUCUGUCCCCGAAAGGACGGAGCAGCGGAGGACAUCAUCAACCUGAACCGUCUGCAGGAGCUCAGUAUCGCCUCUGAGACCGAGAACCACGAGAAGAAAGACAUCCUGGUUUUAGUAGAAAAGGGAAGGACUCUCCACCUGCAGGGGAUCGGCCGAACAGAUUUCUCUCUGUGGUACUCAGACAUCCAGCGAGCGGCCGGCGGUAAAGGAAACACUCUGAGGGAACAGCAGCUGAGCAGGAACGACAUCCCCAUCAUCGUGGACAGCUGCAUCGCCUUCAUCACUCAGUACGGUCUGGGCCACGAGGGGAUCUACAGGAAGAACGGGGCCAAAUCCAGAAUCAAACUCCUGAUGGAAGAGUUUCGUAAAGACGCUCGAAAUGUCAAACUGCGCAUCGGAGACCACUUCAUCGAGGACGUGACGGACGUCCUGAAGAGGUUCUUCAGAGAGGUCGACGACCCCAUCUUCAUGGCCGACCUCCACCCGCUGUGGCAGCAAGCCGCCAAAAUCCCUCAGAAGAGUCUGAGGCUGGACCGCUACAAAGACAUCAUCCGGAGUCUUCCUCGAGUCAACAGGACCACUCUGGCUGCUCUCAUCAGUCACCUGUACAGGGUCCAGAAGUGUGCAGAUCUGAACCAGAUGUGCACUAAGAACCUGUCUCUGCUGUUCGCUCCCAGUCUGUUCCAGACUGACGGGAAAGGAGAACACGAGGUGAAGAUCGUCGAGGAUCUGAUAGACAACUACCUGUACGUCUUCGAUAUCGAUGAAGAGCAUCAGACUCAGAUUGAGCUGGAAAUCAGCCUCAUCACCACCUGGAAGGACACGCAGCUGUCUCAGGCCGGUGAUCUGAUCAUUGAAGUCUAUCUGGAGAUGAAGAUACCAGACUGCUGCAUUACUCUCAAAGUGUCUCCCACCAUGUGUGCUGAGGAGCUGACCAAUCAGGUUCUGUACAUGAGGAACGUCCCGGCUGGAGACAAAGACGUCUGGAUGACGUUUGAGGCCAUCGAGGACGGACAGCUGGAGCGUCCGUUACACCCCAAAGAGAAAGUCCUGGAGCAGGCUCUGCAGUGGUGCAAGAUGGCCGACCCAAGCUCGGCCUACCUGGUGGUGAAGAGAGUUCCUAAAGGAGAAGGCAUCAACAUCCUCACCUCCUAUAAGAGUGAGAUCAUGAAGAUCGGUCUGUUGAAGUGUCGUGAGGAACCUCCGAAGCUUCUUCAGGGAAACAAGUUCCAGGAGAGAACGUUCCAGAUCAGAGACCACAAACUGCUGCUGCUCAAAGACAAGAAGAGCAUCAAACCAGAGAAGGAGUGGUCCCUGAAGUCCAUGAAGAUCUACAUCGGCAUCCGCAGGAAACUGAAAGCUGCGACCAGAUGGGGGUUCACCGUGAUGUCAGACAAACACCAGCUGUUUCUGUGUUGCAGCUGUGAGGCCGAGCUGUGGGACUGGAUCACCAGCUUCCUCAAAGCUCAGAACGAUGACCCGGGUCCUCCGGUGCUGAGGCGUCACUCCUCGUCAGAUAUCUCCAAGCAGAAGUUCGGCACGAUGCCGCUCGUCCCCAUCCGAGGAGACGAGAGCAACAGCAGCAUGCUGUCGGCCAAUCAGACGCUGAGAAAGUUACACGACAGAAGGACUCUCUCCAUGUACUUUCCCAUGAAGGUGCAGCAGGACUUGUUCGAGGAGCGUUCGGAGUCUCCGGACCUCCCCGAGCCGCUCUACGAGGAGGUCGGGGACUUCGGCCUGCAGGUCCUAAAAUCUCUGGAGACCAGCUUCCUGUCCAGCAGCGCCGCAGAGACCCAGGAGGUCCCGGACCACCUGCCGCUCAGACUGGUUGCCAUGGAAACCAGACACACAGACCACAUGAUCGUCCCUGACCCGGACCGGUCCGGCGGCUCCGUUGACACGCUGGAGCAGAGCGGAGGCAGCAGCGGAGGAGGUGAUGGAGAAGCAGACUGCAGCUCUCCGGACUUGAACGCCCCCCAACAGCCUGCAGUGAGGAGGAGGCAGCAGCUGCAGGGAGUCUGUACACCAUCACAGGAACUGCUGCUGCAGGAGCUGUCGUCUGCCUUCACCAAGAAGUCCGAGGAGGACGAGGAGGAGGAGGAGGAGAGGCCGUACGAUGUCUGAGAGAAAUCAGCUAAAUCUAUGAAAGUUUCUACAGAGUCUGGUGGAGUCAGGGGGAAACUUUAAAGGUCUUUUCCUCAACAUCAAUUUUAUUUCUAUUUCUACGACCCUGAAACACACAACAGUCCCAGAGCUCUUCACAGCGUAUGACCCCCACUGUCACCCAGAGGGACCCUUCUUCCAGGACACACAGACAGCUGAACCGGGAGGACACACAGACAGACAGACAGCCGAACAGACAGACAGCCGAACCAGAAGGACAGACAGACAGACGAACCGGGAGGACACAC